ACAAGGUCGAAUUCAAAUCGGUUAAAUGAGUAAUCAAACACCGAAUUAUGCUGAUAACAUAAAUAUAAAAGCAACCAACUGCCAAAGGAUCACAUUCAUUUAUUUAGCGAUUGUCUCUUUGAAAACACAUGCAUAUUUAACUUCAUAAUCCUUCAAGAUGAAAUUCCUGUGGCUGCUAACGUUCCUUCUGGCCAUCCUGGGCACCGCUCUGGCCCAUACCCCAGCCUGCCCGAAAGGAUUCUCCCGUCAGGCCAACCAGUGCGUCUCGAAGCGCCCUGUUCACGGUGAAUGCCCCAAGGGAUCCAAGUAUAAUGUGGGAUCGAAUCUGUGCGUUCACAACUGAGGCUCUGACAGGUGAAAACUUUGUGAAAAUGAGGUAAAUUUUAGUGAAAGGUUACCGAAAUUUGAAAAUAUAUUAGUUGUAUAUUGAAUAAAGAUGUUUAUAAUCCGAA